GUAUAAUUAUUUGGCGAAAUUAAUUUAGUGUUUUUAAGGGGGGAGGCAAUCUGUCUGCGCCAAAAUCCACUUUUUGUCUUCAAUCUCUCUUUUAAUCUUCUGCCGCUCUCUUCUCUGCCAGUUCUAUUUCUAUCGGCCAAGGUAUUAAAUGGGAUUUGGUUGUUUUGGAUUUCUGUAAGCGGUAUUUUAUAUUUAUACGGUGAAUAGAAUGCUGGUGAGUUUAUAGGAGGGGAGUGGAAUUGUGAAGGGGAGAAUUAAUAGGAAGAGUUUAGGGUUUUGAUUGUUAGAUGGCAUCUCCUCCAUUUGAAGUGGAGGAUCAGUUGGAUGAGGAUUUUUUUGACAAGUUGGUCAAUGAUGACGACUUUGAUUUUACUGGAUCCAGCCGAAAUUUUGUAGUCGAAGCUACUGAUUCGCAGGAAGUAAAAGCUUUUUCUAAUUUGACUAUUAGUGAAACCAGCCCUGCUGGAGUUGAUUCUGAUGGGAAGGAUGCUGAUUUUGGUUUAGAAGUAGAAAAGGGUGGAGAAGAUGGUGGUGAUUCGGCAUUAUUGGAUGCUAAUGAGGAUACUGUGGCUGCUAAUGAGAGCAGUUCAGUGGCACCUAGUAACGUGAAGGAGUGUAGUGAAAUUGGGUUCGGAGAGGAGUGCGUAUUGGAUGGUGAAACCAGUAAGAGUGGUGUAGCUUCGGGUACUGGUGUGAAAGAGGUUCAGUGGAGCUCGUUUAACUCUGGUACAAAUGUUCACAGUAGUGGUGGAUUUAGGACAUACUCGGAAAUUUUUAAUGAUUUGGGGGAUGAUUCUGAAGACCCUUUUGCUGACGUGGGGAUUAAGGAUGAUUCAGCAAUGAAAUCUAACACUACAGCUGGUGUAUCAGGGAAUUCAGUUUCUGAUCUGACUUCUUCUAGCUAUCUGCAAAAUAAUGAUGUUCAAUACUAUGGUGUGGGAUCAAAAGAAAAUGUCGAUGGGCAAGAUUUGUGCAACAGUCAGAACUGGGAAAAUCUUUACCCUGGAUGGAGAUAUGACCUAAAUACUGGGCAAUGGUAUCAGGUGGAGGGAUAUGAUGUGAAUGCAACCAUGAAUUCAGAGGAGAGUUUGGGUGUGUCACAUUCAGCUAGUCCCGAUCUUAUUUCAAAUCAAAAAAUGGACACAUAUUCUUUGCAGCAAACAGCUCAGUCUGUUAUGGGAACUUUAGCUGAGGAUAUUGGGAAUUCCAACGCCUCUAACCGGAAUCAGAUUUCACAAGGAAAUGCAGAGUACCCUGCACAUAUGGUGUUUGAUCCCCAGUACCCUGGUUGGUACUAUGAUACAAUCGCCCAAGAAUGGAAGAUGUUGGAGUCUUACACUCCAGCUGUAGAUCAGUCAGCGACCAUAGAUCAUAAUCAGCAAUAUCAAAACAAUAAUACUGAAAGCUAUGAGUCUCAAGCUUUAGGUAGUCAAGACCAUGUUAUGAAUCAGGGUGAAUCUGCAAGCAACUACCAUCAGCAAAAUUCGAAUAGUUUCCAAGCUUACUCAGUUUCCAAGAGAGGAACAGAAGUUUCUUCUGAAACCAAGCAAUUAGGAAACCUUUAUAGUCCUGUGGCUCUUGUAGAUAAUCAUGCAGAGCAACAAAAUGGAUUUGAACCUUCUAGAUCAGUUGCUCCUUAUGAACAGCUAAGUCAGACUUUUUCUCACCGUGCUGAGGUCUCUAGGUUUCAAAGCUUUAUUCCAGCGCAGAGUUAUACGCAGUUUAACAAUCAGACAACUUUUCUAUCAGACCAACAAAUGCAGUUCAGACCUGCUUUCAUUGAUGCUCAGAAAUCAGGAAAUCAUCCUCAACAGCCACUUCAAACUAGCACUUCAUUUUAUUCUUCACCAAAUGAGGGAAGGUCUUCUGCUGGACGCCCUCCCCAUGCUCUAGUUACAUUUGGAUUUGGUGGAAAACUUGUUGUCAUGAAAAACAACAGUUUGUCUCACACAACCUCAGUGUAUGGAAACCAGGGCUCUGUAGCAGAUGUGAUCAAUGUUCUAAAUUUGAUGGAAGUUGUCAACGACAACAGUGAUGCUUCUAGCUUUGGAUUUGGUGCUAAUGAUUACUUUCAGACAUUGUGCCAGCAAUCCUUCCCUGGUCCUUUGGUUGGUGGGAAUAUUGGAAAUAAAGAGUUGUAUAAGUGGAUUGAUGAAAGGAUUGCGAACUGUGAAUCUUCAAGCAUGGGCUACAGAGGAGAAGUUUUGAGGUUGCUUUUUUCUUUACUGAAAAUUUCAUGUCAGUACUAUGGAAAACUUCGGUCUCCUUUUGGCACUGACCAAACUUUGAAGGAAAGCGAUUACCCAGAGCUAGCCAUUGCUAAGCUUUUAGGGUCUGUGAAAGGGAAGGGAGUGCAAUCAAGUGCAUAUGGUGCUCUCAUGCACUGCUUGCAGAACUUGCCCUCAGAAGCACAGAUGCAGGCUACUGCUCUUGAGGUACAGAAGCUUCUUGUCUCUGGUAGAAAGAAAGAAGCGUUAGAAUUCGCACAGGAAGGUCAACUGUGGGGACCAGCUCUUGUUAUUGCAUCUCAGCUUGGUGAUCAGUUUUAUGGUGAUACUGUGAAGCUAAUGGCACUCAAGCAAUUAAAAGCUGGAUCACCAUUGCGGACAUUAUGCCUACUAAUUGCAGGCCAACCUGCAGAUGUGUUUUCCACAGUUUCCCCCAGUAGCAAUCUCCCUGGUUAUGUAAAUACUGCCAACCGGCCUGGACAGAUUGGAGCUAAUAUGUUGGAUGGAUGGGAAGAGAACUUAGCCAUCAUAACAGCUAACAGAACAAAAGAUGAUGAGCUUGUUAUUAUUCAUCUUGGAGAUUGCUUGUGGAAGGAGAGGGCUGAGGUUGCUGCUGCGCACAUAUGCUAUUUAGUUGCAGAAACCAACUUUGAGCCAUAUUCAGAUGGUGCAAGACUUUGUCUUAUUGGCGCUGAUCAUUGGAAUUGUCCACGAACGUAUGCUAGUCCCGAGGCUAUUCAGAGGACAGAACUGUAUGAAUACUCGAAGGUGCUAGGAAAUUCUCAGUAUCUCCUCCUACCGUUUCAGCCAUAUAAGCUUAUUUAUGCUUACAUGCUGGCUGAAGUUGGAAAAGUGGCUGAUUCUUUGAAAUACUGUCAAGCCAUUUUGAAGUCUUCGAAAACUGGCCGAGCACCCGAAGUGGAGACUUGGAGACAAUUAAUAUCAUCUCUUGAGGAACGAUUAAGAAUCCACCAGCAGGGUGGUUACAAUACAAAUUUGACUCCAAACAAACUGGUUGGUAAAUUGCUCACAUUCUUUGAUAAUACUGCUCAACGUGUUGUUGGAGGCCAACCUCCACCUCCGCCCUCAACAUUGCAUAGCAGUGUUCAUGGAAAUGAGUUUCCCCAGCACCCAGCGGGCUCAAAGGCAUCUAACAGUCAACCGACAAUAGCUGUGCAAUCACUAAUGUCUUCAGCAUCAAUGGCAUCAACAAUGGCCAUGCCAUCACUAAUGCCUUCUGCAUCAGUGGAAUCAAUAAUGGCCAUUCCAUCACUAAUGCCUUCUGCAUCAGUGGAAUCAACAAUGACCAUGCCAUCACUAAUGUCUUCUGCAUCAGUGGAGUCAACAAUGGUGAUGUCACUAUUGCCUUCUGCAUCAAUGGAACCUAUUAGUGAAUGGACAGGUCAGACCGACCUAUCGACAAUGACUGGUAGAAGUAUCUCUGAGCCAGACUUUGGUCAUAGCAACAGAAAGGUUAAUUCAUCCAAUGAAACUAACUCAUCAGGGACACAAGAAAAAGCAGCAGUGUCCAGUGGGUCAUCUCGUUUUGGUCGAUUUGGCUCACAGCUGUUCCAAAAGACCUUUGGUUUGGUCCUAAAAUCGCGGCCACAUCAUCAGGCUAAACUGGGUGAGACGAACAAAUUCUAUUAUGAUGAAAAGCUCAAGAGAUGGGUUGAGGAAGGAGCCGAACCUCCAGCUGAGGAAGCAGCCUUGCCACCUCCACCCACGAGUGCAGCUUUCCAGAAUGGCAUGAAUGACCUCAGUAUAAAAGAUUCACCCAAAAUCGAAAGCCUUCACACAAAUAGUGAUAAUAAAAGCCCUUUAUCUUCUGAUCAGAGCUCAGGAAUUCCUCCAAUUCCACCCAGUUCAAACCAGUAUUCUGUUCGUGCACGUAUGGGUGUUCGCUCAAGGUACGUUGACACAUUCAACAAGAGUCGGGGAAGCCCUGUAAAUUUAUUCCAGUCACCUUCUAUUCCAUCUGCCAAACCUGUUUCCGGUUCUAGUCCCAAGUUUUUCAUCCCUUCUCCUGUUACACCUACUGAAGAGAUGGUUAAAAACACUGGGGAAAACAUUCAGGAAGCAGUCCUGACCGAUGAAGGUCCACCAUCUUUUAAUCAAGAUUCAUCAUCUCCAGUACCAUCAUUCUCAACAUCAGCAUCCGCAUCAGUAUCACUAUCAUCAUCAUCAUCAGUGACUAUGCAGCGGUUUCCUAGUGUGGAUAAUAUCGUGCACAAAAGGGUAGCAGCACUAGAAGACAGCAACUCUCGACGUACAGCAUCCUGGAGCGGAAACCUGAAUGAUGCUUCCAAUCUUUCCGAGACAAGGGAAGUAAAACCUCUAGGAGAAGCCCUAGUUAUGCCUUUAUCGUCAUAUGCUGGCACUAAUUCCAGGGAAGACCUACACGAAAUCAAGCUUUGAGGUGUGUUCCGGUGAUUGUUGUGUAUACACUAUCAUCACCCCAUUUUGCUGCGCGGAAGGGAGUUGGGGGAAUGACGGAUGGCACUGAUUGGGAGUUUCUGUUUUUGUGAAACCCCUUCAUGAUCCUGUUAUAUAUGUACUUUUUAGGCCAAGAAUUGGUCUGAAUGCCCCUGGUGUUGCGGCCAUUCCUUCGUUUGAGAAACCAAUGAGAUGGGCAUGUAACUGCGUUCUUGUACAGGAAACGGCUCGUUCAUCAUGCAGGAGCCAUGCGAUGGACCAAAGAGGCGCCAAAAGAGGGCUCAUCCCUCAUACAAAUUUGAAGAAGUUGCUAACUGCAAACUGAAAAUACAUAUUCUUUUGGUUCCAUUUCUAAAGUCUAAACUAGUAGUAGUACUAGUAAUUUUUUUUCCCGUUAAAUCUGAAUAAUAAUUAUAUUAUAUAUCAUGAUAAAAUAUGGGAUAGCCGAUGCUUUGUUGC